AUGGAUAAUGUGGCUACGCUCAUUACUGAUAUCCAUUUGGCCAACAGACACCGUAAAUUCACUGGGAUUGUCUUUCUGGACCUGGUCGGUACAUUUGACAAUGUUUUACCAGAAGCAUUAUUAAUACUUCUUGAGAAAUUUGGCCUUCCUAAAAAAAUCAUAGGCUUUAUUAGGAAAACCACCACCAACCGAUACCUUACUGGAUACGCAGCCGGUAUCCCUCUUCAGACUAGAAGAACCGACCGAGGAUUGCCACAGGGUUCCAUUCUCAGCCCGAUUCUGUUUAACAUAUACGUAGCCUUGGCUCAUACUUGCCUUCCAGAGCAUUUGAAAAUAUUAAUGUACGCUAAUGAUAUUGCCAUAUAUCACAUGGAUGAUAACCUGGAUUCAAUAAAAUGCCAACUUGGUAUUACCGUGGAAAGGCUUAAGGUGUUUUUCGGACGUCUUGGUCUAAAGAUUGCCCCUGAGAAAUCAACAUAUACCACUUUCUCUUCUAUGAAGCCAAGGAAUUUACGUGUUUUACUAAGGAAGAACAACUUUUUCCUUAAAUUAGACAACACUAACAUUCUAAUUUCCUGGUCGCCUCGCUUCCUUGGGAUUUACCUGGACUCGGAAUUAAAAUGGAGAGCUCAUAUCAAUAAACUUAAAAACAGGACUAUACCCAGGAUUAACAUUCUUAAAGCUAUCUCAGGCAUCAAAUGGGGAGCUCACCCAAACAUACUGCUUACCAUAUAUAAAGGUUUCAUCAGACCUCUGCUUGACUGGGGCUGCCAAGUGUUUCACCCUCUAGAUGAAGCACUUUACCUUAAAACUUCCAGACUGCAAUUUGCCGCACUUAGGACUGUUACCGGUAUUAUGUGCACAACCCCGAUCAACGUACUAUUGGAUAUUAACGGUGAACAGCCUCUGGCAUCGAGAUGGCAAUAUCUCACAGAAAAACUUAUUUGCAAAAUCAAAGCUCGGACUACUCAUCCAUUGCAUUAUACCUUAGAACAAAUCGCUCAAGAUCCAGCAAAUGAUCAAUACAAUUUCGAGUCAUUAAUCAACACAUUUAUGACACAUCAACACCUUUUCAAUCAGAUCGAAACAUUUAAACUUCCUGGAUACUUGGAGUUUAAAUAUCAUAGUCACCAGUCCAAUCCUCAAAUCGAUGUGGAUAUAGGUUUUGGAUUAAUUAACCGCCCGAACAUUCAAGAUAAGUUUAUACAGUUCACAAACUCAAACAUUCCUUCUUCUACUAAAUUUUAUACGGAUGGAUCUAGGCUGAACAUGGCCAGUAAAGCUAGAUACGCCAUUUAUUCACCGGACUUAAAUUUAAAAAUGAAGCGCAGGAUUAAUGACAACUGUUCAAUCUUUCAAGCGGAGACGCUCGCUAUUUCUCAUACCCUCGACAUAAUUUUGGAAAGAAAAAUCAAUAAUUCGGCUAUAUUUACGGACUCACUCAGUGUACUCUCUGGCCUGAAUAACUCUGCCUGGUCAGGUAAAACUCACAACUGGAUACUAAAAAUUAGACACUCUCUGUAUAACUGUCAAACUAAUAAUAUCAUGGUCAAACUAUUUUGGAUACCCAGUCAUAAGGGCAUAUAUGGCAACGAACAGGCUGAUCUCCUGGCUAAGGAGUCUCUGCAUCUUCCUAAUCAUCUUCUCAUGAGUAAAUGCCAUUACUCCAACAUUUAUUCUAAAGUCAAAAAGCUUGCUAAAGACAAAGCUACUCAAACCCUCAGGCCAGUUUAA